AUAAAGUUGGCCCAGGUAUAAAAGCCCACUUCAUAGAAACAUUUCUCAGUUAGUUCCAGCAGCUGAAUUGCUUCACAUCUAUCUACUUCGAGUCGUCAAAAGUUGAGCUCCAUUAAAACCUUAAAAUGAAGAUGCUCUUUGCGCUUUUCGUCCUUGGAGUCGUCCUGGUCGCCGCCGACGAUAAGUACACCACAAAGUACGACAACAUCGAUGUGGACGAAAUCCUGAAGUCGGACCGACUCUUCGGUAACUACUUCAAGUGCUUGGUGGACACAGGAAAGUGCACGCCUGAGGGUCGGGAGCUGAAGAAGUCCCUGCCAGAUGCCUUGAAGACGGAGUGCAGCAAGUGUAGUGAGAAGCAGCGCCAGAAUACCGACAAGGUCAUCCGUUAUAUCAUCGACAACAAGCCCGAGGAGUGGAAGCAGCUGCAAGCCAAGUACGACCCUGAGGAAAUCUAUAUCAAGCGCUACCGCUCCACCGCUGCCGCCUCUGGAAUCAAGGUGUAAACUUCCUAUAGCGAUCCCAAUCCCGGAAACAAUUUGUUAUAUGCACUGUUAAUUAGGUCUAUGUAUCUGCUUAUCGAAAUUCUUUUUACGAUCGUGCGCCGAAUAAAGAGAUUUGUUUUUUAA